AAUCUCGCCUUGCCGUGAUAAGCGCAGCGCUGGAACCCGGCUUGUAGCGCUAACGCCAGUUAUUGCAGUGUCGCUCCACGUGCCAUACAAACGCCGUAAAAAUGGCUCACGCGCUAAAGAAUUUAUCGGUUCAAGUGCUUAAAACUAACAAUGUUGAAGCCAUCGGCGCGGCUGCGGCGAGAGCCAGCCACUGGUGGAGCCAAGUGCAGAUGGGCCCGCCAGACGUGAUCCUGGGCAUCACGGAGGCCUACAAGCGAGACACUGAUAGCAGGAAGGUGAAUCUCGGCGUCGGUGCGUACCGCGACGACAACGGUCAACCCUUUGUGCUGCCGUCCGUUAAGAAAGCCGAGGAAGUACUCUACAGCAAAGGCCUGAACCAUGAAUACGCGCCAAUCAGUGGCGAGGCGAGCUACACGGACGCCGUGGCGAAGCUAGCCUUCGGUGACAACAGCCCCGUCUUGGCCGACAAGUCCAACGCCACCGUACAGACCCUGUCCGGAACCGGCGCCCUACGGCUCGGCUUCGAGUUCCUCCUCAAACACUACGGCGACAAGGAAGUGUGGAUGCCCAACCCCACGUGGGGCAACCACCCCCAGAUCUGCAACACCCUCAAGAUCAACCACAAGAAGUACCGCUACUACGACCCUAAGACCUGCGGGUUGGACUUCCAGGGUGCCCUUGAAGAUAUCAACAAAAUCCCCGACGGCUCGGUCAUCCUGCUCCACGCGUGCGCCCACAACCCCACCGGCGUCGACCCCAACAAAGAGCAAUGGAAGGAGCUUUCUCAGCUGAUCAAGAAGAAGCACCUGUUCCCGUUCUUCGACAUGGCAUACCAGGGCUUCGCGACUGGCGACGUGAACAACGACGCCUUCGCCGUGCGACAGUUCGUGCAGGACGGACACCAGGUCAUGCUGGCACAGAGCUUCGCUAAGAACAUGGGCUUAUACGGCGAGCGAGCCGGCGCCCUGACCAUUUGCUGUGGCGACGAGAACACCGCCAAGAUCAUCAUGUCCCAGCUCAAGAUCAUGAUCCGCGUCAUGUACUCCAACCCGCCGCUGUACGGCGCCCGCAUCGUGCAGACCAUCCUUAACGACCAGAAACUCAAGGACCUCUGGUUGAAGGACGUAAAGCUGAUGGCCGACCGCAUCAUCACGAUGCGCAAGGAGCUCCGCAAGGGCGUGGAAGGCGCCGGCUCCAAGCUGCCGUGGCAACACAUCACCGACCAGAUCGGGAUGUUCUGCUUCACAGGCCUCAAGCCCGAACAGGUGGAGAAGCUGACGAGCGACCACCACAUCUACCUCACCAAGGACGGGCGCAUCUCCGUCGCCGGCCUCUCGAACAAGAACGUGCACUACGUCGCCGAGGCCAUACACAAAGUUACCUCCUAAACAUAUCACCGACCACAUGACUUUACUACAGCGCUCACAGAUAUAAGUUACACCUUUAACCUAUUCGUUGCGUCUUCCAUUUACGAAAACUUAUGGCUGUGGCGGCGAUUAUUUCAUGAUACGCCUGUCGAGCCAUCCGCACCGAAUCUGUUAACUCAGUAGGCCAAGCACAUGAUUGGCGCGACAGUAUCUCGCGGCGAAAUACACUAUCCGUCUUUUUCUAACUUUGUUAACAAAAGAGGGACGAGUAGUCUUUCUCGCCGCGAGAUACUGCCGCCCCAAUCAUGUGCUAGCCCAGCAGGAGCGAAUAGAAGUAGGACGCAGCUUAGGAGCCGUUUAUAAUGUCAGUGUCAAGUUCUUUUGAGUCCCGCGGACGCCAUAUCGGGCCCGGAAUGACAAUCAAAUUUCACUUCUAAUAUUAUAAAUCUAAGGUAGCUUUUUGGCUGGCAAAUUAAGACCCCUGCGGCCCUAAGGAACUUAAACUCUAAAUGAUAGCAGUUUAUUUGUUUGCUUUUUAGACAAUAAACUGGCAUAUCCUCGUGGCAUACUUGAAUGAAAGGAAUUUUAUUAAUGUAACUUAUAUGUGUGUAAGUGCUUUAAUAAGGUCCGAAUAGGUAGUGCGAUAUUAUGUACAUAGUAAGUGAACAGUGAAAUGUGAAACGCGAUAAUGAUUACUUUGAAAUUCGUGGUUGUGGUAGUCUGUAAUAGUUGUUAUCAACCGGUGUCGACGAAAAUGUUCCCAGUUUGAGAACCGAUGCUGUUGUUGAAUUUAACGAAAAUUUACAAAUGGUGUGAUCUAUUUAAAUACUUAUUGCACUAAAUCUCAGAGAUGUAUAACAUAGGUAUUUGUACGAAUACAUAAAAUGGCACUGAAUCUUUUCGGCAACCUUUGCUAUUACUACUUAACUGUAUACAGUACCGAGAGAACACAGUAUUUAUUCAUAUAUUUUGGAUUAAUUUUUGAGAUUUCUAAGACACUCGAGUAUAACUUGAAUGUUACUCUAUUAUUUUAAUUUGUAUGUUGUUUAAAAAUAUAAAAACCUAUAA